CGUAGUUUCCGGGAAUUUACUGUUAUCUCCUCUUUUUAAGCAAAGUCUAUGUUGACGUAAUCUUAAAUAUAAAUUUAUAUAUGUAUAUAAUAAAUAAAAGAGACGUGUUGGGAAAAUGGGAAGUAGAUAUCGAGAGGCGCGUGAAAUCCGGGGAGAGUUAAUACAUUGAACCGCUCACCAAUAUUUUUCUUUUUAACAACUACUCACCUAAUCUCUUUUAUAUAAAAGAACAUCCACCUCUCAUUCUUUACUUUUUUUUUUCGUUCAGUUCUAUCGUUCCAACUUCUUCUUUAUUCUUUCUUCUUUGUAGUUUGGUCCGAAGGACUCAUCCACUAGCUUCCGGUGUUAUUUUCCGCCUCCUUAGCCGAUGGUUCUCAUUAUCCGCCUUAGCCGAUGGCCUUAUUCCGCCGCAGCCGAUUGGUAUCCCCUGUCGCCGCAGCCGAUUGGUAUCCUGCCACUGUAUACGGUUGUCCUAUUACACCACCUUAUUAUAUAAGAUUCUCAAAGUUGGGUUGAUACCUUUUGGUAUUCAAAUGGGCUGAUAAAUAUAAAGCUCAUUGGGUAAAAUUAUUGGCCCAUUUGACAUGUGACCCAAUGAAAAUUCUUAUCCAAAGUAUGGCACAACUCAACUCAUCAGUUUAACCUAGUUUCGAUAAUGUCUACUCUCUCUGGCGCUGUAGCCUCAUUAUUCUUAGAUCGCGAUGAGCUCCCAACGAAGACAACGGAGACAGGCUCAGCGAAAGCGGGCUAGGGAACGCUAUCGCAGGAUGAACACUUGGAGAAAGCAGCAGCCUUCUUUUCUCUGCCCUGUGAUGUCUCAGAAGAAAUCAACAUGUUAUGCUAUCGCUUUUGUAAGGCAAUUAGAGUUUCACCUGAAGCUUCACAAUCGAAUGCCACAUGAUCAACAUCCGUCUAUCCAAGACUUCAUCAAUCUUAUUCCCAAGCAUUAUCUAGAUGCUGAUGGGGAACUUAUAGUAGACGCCGCUCGUGUUCUUUCUAUCUUUGUAAAGAAAGGUAUCCUCCUUGAGAGGGAUUGUCCCUUGACCGAACGCAUAGAUGGUACCGUGUCUGAAGAGACUAAGGAUUGUACUAGGUACUAUGCUAAGAAAGUUACCAAGCACAUGUUGCAUCCUGGCCGAAGUAGAAUGGCGACUCAAAAGAAGUAUGAAUUAUUUCAUGCCGACCUUAUUGAAAAGUUGAAGGGUGGAGUUGUUGCUGUUGGCGUAUCUGUUUAUCCAAGCUACUCCAAUCUGAAACAUAAGCAAAUUUAUUAUCCCACUAAGGAUGAAUUGGCUGGCAACACUGAACACAUGUAAUGGUGUGCACUGCUCAUGACUAUGAUAAUAUGAGGCGUUUGGUUUAUGAGUUCCAAGAAUCGGCUGGUGCGGAUGUUUGUGAUGAAGGCUUCCUAAGGAUUUAUGCUGAUCAGGUUAAUUAUUUUGUUGAGAUGGAGGUUGAGAUGGACGACUGAGGUGAUACUCUAUUUGUUCCUUUUCAGUUCUGAUUGUUGUCCUGGUUCUGUAUUCUGCAUUGUUUCUUUACUGAUUCCAUCUUGUCAUUCUCUACUGUUCGAUUACUUUUCUCUCACUGUAACUCUACUGCUUAGUAGUUCUCCGGGCUGAGAUUGAGGUUAAUUAGUAGUUCUCUUGUUCUCUUUCUGUAACUCUACUGUUCUCUGACUGUAACUGUCUUUGUUAUGGUUCACGUUUUUUCAGUUCUCGUUGUGGUUUGUUGCCAAGUUCCUGUUUACGUUUUUUCCACUGUCUCGUUGUUGUUUUGAUUUUUGUUUGCUCUUCUGUUUCUAUUAUUACUGUUUUCUCACUGUAACUCUACCGCUCUCUGUUAAUUAGUAGUUCUCCUGUGUUUGUUUAGCGAUGCUGUUAAAUCUUGUUUGCUGUGUAUGCCGUCUUGUUUGUCAUGUCAUUUUCUUGUGCUGUUGUUCCUCUAUGUUCUAUAUCUGUUUUCCUUUUCGUUCUGUUGCUGAUUUGAUUACUGAUAUAAAUUGUUAAUUUGAAUUGUGCAGGAUGAGUGUCUACUGCUAUAUCAAGAGGAACCUUGAAGUAUUUUUGUUAAUAGAGGUCAACGUUGUUGUUACCGACCGUUUAUUAAUUGUCCCUUUUUUUGGAACUUCCUAGGCCUUAAACUUUUUAUUUCUGUUUUCGAACCUGUCUAUCUUUUGCGGAGUAUUAAAACCAAAUUAGUUAUCUCUGUCGAAACAUUUUUUACCAGUUAAUAGCUACAGUUGGGAAUUUUUUGCUUA